CUCAUGCUUAUUCUCUUGGUAGGUUCACUUCGUCGCCGGGUGAAAAUGCAUUCCAGGUGAAGAUCACUGCUCCUGAUGAACAGUUCACUCGGGUUGGCGUGCAAGUAUUAGACAGGAAAGAUGGUUCCUUCCUUGUCAGAUACAGGAUGUACGCAAGCUACAAAAACCUGAAGAUAGAAGUCAAAACUGGAGAUAAACAUGUUGCAAAGUCUCCAUACAUUUUAAAAGGACCUGUUUACCAUGAAAACUGUGACUGCCCUGAGGAGGAGAGCAGUGUGUGGCUGGAAGAGAUGAACUGCCCUCAAAUCAUUCCACAGAUCCAAAGAGACCUAGCAAAUUUUCCCAUUGUUGAUCCAGAUAAGAUUGCAAAAGAAAUUCCAGAGAGGUUUGGACAAAGACAGAGUUUGUGUCAUUACACAAUCAAAGAUAACGAGGUGUAUAUAAAGACAUAUGGGGAACAUGUUGGCUUCAGAAUUUUCAUGGAUGCCAUACUGCUUUCUUUGACAAGAAAAGUGAAAAUGCCAGAUGUAGAAUUUUUUGUUAAUUUGGGGGACUGGCCUCUGGAGAAAAGGAAGUCCCCACAGAACCUGCACCCCAUCUUCUCAUGGUGUGGGUCCAGUGAGUCAAAAGACAUUGUCAUGCCAACAUAUGACUUAACAGACUCAGUUUUGGAGACUAUGGGACGAGUCAGUCUGGAUAUGAUGUCAGUUCAAGCAAACACUGGCCCAUCAUGGGAAGACAAGAAUACCACAGCAUUCUGGAGAGGGCGUGACAGCCGCAAAGAGAGGCUUGAACUUGUAAAACUGAGCAGAAAAUACCCAGAGAUCAUAGAUGCUGCUUUCACAAACUUCUUUUUUUUUAAACAUGAUGAAAGCCUUUAUGGCCCCAUUGUUAAGCACAUUUCAUUUUUUGAUUUUUUUAAGUAUAAAUAUCAAAUUAAUAUUGAUGGCACAGUGGCAGCAUACAGAUUGCCUUAUCUACUAGCAGGAAACAGUGUGGUGCUGAAGCAAGACUCCAUCUACUAUGAGCAUUUUUAUAAUGAGCUGCAGCCAUGGAAACAUUAUAUUCCAUUUAAAAGUGACCUGAGUGAUCUACUAGAAAAACUACAGUGGGCAAAAGAGCAUGACGAAGAGGCAAAAAGUAUUGCAAAAUCUGGACAAGAAUUUGCAAGAAACAAUCUCAUGGGAGAUCACAUUUUUUGUUACUAUUUCAAGCUUUUCCAGGAAUAUGCCAGUUUGCAAGUGAGCGAGCCAAAAAUCAGAGAUGGGAUGGAGAAAGUGCAGCAGCCUGAUGAUGACCUUUUUCCAUGUACCUGCCACAGAAAAAAGGCCAAAGAUGAACUCUGA